AUGGCUCCCCCACCUGGACUAGGCCCUCCGCCAGGCAUGUCUUCCGCUCCGGGAAUGGCACCACCUCCCGGUGUCCAACAGUCCAACAACGCACAAGCUAACCGACAAAGCGGCCUGCCGCCCAACUUCCAAGCUCCCGCAAACCUCCCCAACAUCAACUUCAGUGCCCCGGUCAUUCGGCUCGGAACCAUAGGCGCUAAGCCGGGCGGCCCCGAUGCCGGGAGGAAGGACAACAAUACCGCGACGGGUGGCAGGUCCGGCCUUGGCAUGGACCGCGGAUACGACCAGUCGAGGGCUGCGGCCAGAGAGCACAUGCAGUCGCUGGUUCCCCCCACCAAUGAGGAGAAGCUGCGCACCUUGUUCGUCCACAAGAUCCCCGAGGGUGUUAGAGGCGACGAGGGCAUCGAGAGAAUCCUCAAUGCCGUAGGCAAGCUCCGGAGAUGGGAUGCUGCAGCUUCGGUUCUCUCUGAUGGCAAAGGCGCCAAGUUCGGCUUCGCCCAAUACGAGGACGCCGACUCUUUCGCGACCGCUGCCGACCUACUCCAAGACCUCGAGGUUCCCCUCAAGCGACAGGGCCCAGUGGAGGCGCCUCCAGACGACGAUUCAUUCGACGGGGUGGAGAUGGUCAAGCUCCAGGUUACCGUCGAUCCGAACUCUCUCAAGUACCUCGAAUCCUACAAAGAAGGCAGAGGCGACGAUGGCGCUGCCGAGUCGCGGACGCAAGCCGCCAAAGAAGCAUUGCGGCAGAUUGUCCGGGAUCUUGCCUAUCCCAAGACUGCCGCGACGACCGACGGAGAAGGCGACGUAUCCAUGGGCAACUCGGGUGACAAUGUCGAGGUUGUCAACAUUCCCUUGGCUCAGGACGACGAGCUUGCGGAUAUCCCUGCCGAGAUGAGAGAGGUUGUUGCUGCCGAGAUCGCUGCUUUCAGAGAACGCAGCAAUAAACGAGACAUGGAACGCCUGAAGCGCGAGGAAGAAAUGGAGGAGAUGGAGCGCAACCGCAACGGCCCUUCUCGUCCGUCACGACACGACUCUCCGCCACCGUCCAACUCCAACCACAUUCCUGUCGGCCCCCGUGGUAUGCACAAUGCGCCAUCCGGGCCCCGAGGACAAACCGGCGGCGGUCGCACCACAUCUUUUGUGAAUGGCGGCAUCUCCAACGCCGAUUUCUCCAUCAACCGUGAAGAUGAAGAGACGGACGCCGACGAUGAGGAGCUUCAUCAACGGGAGCUCUCGAAGCAAAAGUCCGAGGAAGACAAGAUGUAUCUCGAGGCGGAGCGGAAAUGGGUCAAUAGAGAACGGUCUCGGGCGGCGGCUCUGGAACGCGAGAAGGAGCGUGAGCUGCAGGAAGAGGAAAGCCUGGAGAGGCGAAUUCAAGAGCAACUGGAGAGAGAGAAGGCCUGGGACGACGAACGAGAAGCAUCGAGGAAGAGUCACCUGUACUAUCGCGAUCACGCAGCCUGGGUCAAGAAGCGGCAGAUCGAACGGGCGGACGAGCAGGCCAGAGAUGAAGCCGAUCGGAGAGCCGAAGAAGACGAACGACGCAGGGAGGCCGCAGACAUGGAGAAGGCGCGCGGCAUCGCCGAUUCCUUCCUGGACCAGCAGGCCCAGGAGAUGGAGCAACGGCAACAGGCGGCGGCCUCGGCACCCGCACCGUUCAAGCUGUCGCUUGGAGCGGCCGCCCAGCGUGCUCAGGCUCAGCGUGUGGCACCUCAACGACGAACUGUCGCUGAGGUGGAGGGUCUCCUCGACGACGAGGAGCAAGACAGCACCACCAGGAGGCAACUCAUCCCUAUCCAGUUUGAGCCUACGACUGCUGCGGACAAGAUGACCGAGGAGGAGCUCAGCAAGGCUGUCCGUGCCCUUGCGCAAGAGAUUCCCUCCGAAAAGGAGGGCCUGUGGAACUGGAGCGUGCAAUGGGACUACUUGGAUGAGACCAUCAUUCGCGACAAGCUCCGGCCGUUUGUGGAGAAGAAGAUUGUCGAGUACCUCGGUGUUCAAGAAGAGAUGUUGGUAGAGGUGGUCGAGGAGCACCUCCGGAAGCACGGCAAGCCAGCAGAGCUGGUGGAGGAACUUGCGGCGGCCCUUGAUGACGAGGCGGAGGACAUGGUCAAGAAGUUGUGGCGCAUGGUCAUCUUCUUCACCGAAAGUGAGAAGAGAGGAUAUCCGGCGUAG